AUGCACCAACGACCUCGGCUGCCCGAGAAGCACUUCCUGAAUGUGGCGUCCGACGCCGCAGAUAUGGAUGUACUGGUGAUCACUGGGAUGAGAGAUGAGGCGCCGACUGCAACCUUGUCGCAUUUAGUUUCGAACAGCAGAUUGCUUGACAUUCGUGUCACAGCUAGUGGAAAGACGCGACAAGCUCGCCGGAAAUGCCAAGUCAACGAUAAUGAUCGACACAACCAUGAUUGCAAGAAUGACAACCGUGGCAGCAAUGGCAGUAAUUGUAAGUCGAAUUCGUCAACAUUGGACUACCGCCACAGUCUCAUCUUUGACAAUGAAGCAACGGGAGACGAGGUGAUCAGAAGGUUUGCCGAUCAGUACCUGCUUCCCCUCCUCCACAAGGACGUGGAGCGACUGGCUAGUAUGGUGGUUCCUGUGCCUGACUUCCCACGCCCAGGCAUCGAGUUCCGACAUGUACUCAACAUCGCCCAACGGCAGGGCGGAUUGGCUUUGUGCACUUCUCUGCUACGAACUCAGUUCAAAGAUGACUGGGGUAAAGUCGAUGCGGUGGCCUGUUGUGAAGCGGGAGGCUUCGUUUUUGCAUCAGCGUUGGCCCAGCAAGUCGAUGUCCCUUUGGCGCUAAUCCGCGAAGCCGGCAAGCUUCCCCCACCCACUGUUUCUGUCAAAAAGCUUUCGUCACAUAUCUCGUGCUCAGAAUCUAAUGAUUUAGGAGUGAAGAGAAUCGAGAUGAGUCAAGAUCUGAUUCCUAGGGGCGCAUCGGUGGUGGUAAUAGACGACGUACUUGCCACAGGAAAGACGCUUUGUGCAGUGCUUCAACUGUUAGCUGAAGCAGGCAUUAGUAACGAGAAUAUCAGCAUCAUGGUUGUAGCUGAAUUUCUGAUUCACUGCGGCCGGGAACUAUUGUAUCAUCGUGGCUUUGGUGGUAUCAGUAUUCAAAGCCUUUUAGUUCUUGAUGUGGUCUAG